AUGGAGAAGACGACGACGACGAGGACGACGACGACGCACUCGAUGCGGCGGCGGGCGAUGAGGGGACUCGCCCUCGCGACGCUCGCGGGCGUCAUGACCUCGGGCGCUCUCGCGGCGGAGUCCAAGCAGUACACGUCGACGGGGCUCGAACGGUUUCAGCUCCACGGAUCGGGCACGACGAACCCGUCGAAGCUGUUCUGGUGGGCGAUGGAUCUGCUGGAGGAGCGCUCGAAGUCGGACGUGCGAAUGACGUAUCGAUCGGUCGGCUCUGGGGUCGGUGAGAACGAUAUCACGGACAACUUUGCCGAUACCGCUGAUUUCGCGAGCACCGAUUACGGCCUCGCGCCGGGAGCGUCGGGUAAAGAAAUCUACCAAAUCCCUUUCCAAAUCGGCGGCGUGUCGUUGUUCCACAACGUUCCGGGCAUCGCCACCGGCGCUCUCAAGCUCUCUGCCUGUACGAUCAUUAAGAUUUAUAAAGGUGAAAUCACGACGUGGAAUCACGGGGAUAUUCAAGCGGAUAACCCCGACUUGACUCUGCCGGCGGAAAAGAUCAAGCUCGUGUACCGAAGCAACGGCUCGUCCUCGACGCACGGCGUCAAGGGUUACAUGAACGAAGUGUCUACGACCGCGUGCCCGACGGGCUGGCCGGCUCCGUACUCCGCGAGCUCUUUUCCCAGUACCACUACUGUACAGGCGCACUCUUCGGUGUACGACGUCGCCUACGCCGUCACCGGUUCUGAUACCAUGCGCAUCAAGAUUGGCGAGACUCCGUAUUCUCUCGGUUACAUCGACUCAGGUCACGGCCACAAGGAUGACCUCUCGGAAAUCGCGAUGCAGAACGCUGACGGCCAGUGGGUCGUGACCAAGACGGGUAACCCCGCCGGUCGCAUCACCGCCGACAUCACGAAGGCUGCCGAAACUGUGACUUACCCGAAAGUGACGGGCUCGUCCUCGACGGACUAUGCCGGAGACUGGUCUGGAAUCAAUCUCCACCAUAAAGCCGGCGACAAGGCGUGGCCCAUCACUCUAUUCACUUACAUCCACCUCAAAAAGACCUAUUCCGAUGCGGAUACCGAGAUGCUCGCGCGCGCUUUCGCCGAGUUCAUUCUGAGUGAUGAAGUGCAGAAGAAAACGAGGGACUUCAUGUUCGAGCCGCUCCCAUCCUCGGUCGUUACCUCGGCCAGAAGCUUCUUAGCUGCCACCAUGACGUCGGGUACUGCGUGGCAAUUCCUCGAAGCUGAUGGCACGAGCACGGAUACCGCCAACACGAUGAACAAUCCGAGAACUUUCAGCAAACGACGCCAAGCGUACGUCGAUUAUGCGCUCGGACUCGUGACCAAGGAUAUCGCCCAACUCGAGGCUAGUGUCGCAAAGCUGACCGAGGAGAGCGCGGGCCACAAGGAGAACGACGACGCGGCUGACAAGCGUUCCAUCGCCCUCGCCGCCGUUGCGUUCGUCUUUGCCAUGGCGAGUCUCAUCUUGAACGUCGUCCUUCUCUGCUGCAAGCGCCAGCGACACGUACCGCUGCAACCUCCCGUCUCCAAGUUCCAACCGUCCACGGCGAGCUUCCGACCGACGUCCUACGCGCCGCCAGCCGCGCCCGCGACGGCGCCCGCGACGUCUUUCCAGCCGGCGUACUGA